AGGGAGGGAAGGCUCCCAGUCGCACCAACAACCCAAAUACCUGGGCCAAGCCCUCCGGCUCCCCACGCUGCCCUGGCGGGGCUCGGAAGCCGCUCUUCUCUCCGGCAAGGGGCUCCGGCGAGCGCAGAUCGCGCCCCCGUUGCGAGGCUCCCGCCGCUCAGCCCGCACCGCUUCGCUCCUGCUGCAUUUUGUUCUUUUCCUUCGCCGAGCCGCGGCUCGCGCCCAGCCCUGGGCGAGCGGGGAGGGAGCCGGGGCCGGGCUCGGCGGGGCCUCCUCGGGCUCCGCAGCCCCCCCCGGCGAUGUGCAGCGCUCCGUCCCGGAGGAGCCGGCUCCCGGCAGCAUCCUCGGUCCGCUGCCGCCGUGCGGAGGCACCCUCCCGCCGGGGCGGCUCCUCCCGUCCCUGCCUCUGCCUCGGCGCCAUCCCGUUAAAAGGCUGCUGCUCCCGCACCGCCGGCCCAAUGCCUGGGCUCGCUCCGGCCGGGCUGGAGGCUGCGGGCUGCCGGCGAGGGAGAGGAGACCUUUAGGCAGCCUGCCCUGCCGCCAAGUGAGCGGGACCCGCGAGAAGACAGCCGCCCCCGGCUGGAAUCGAGAGCUGCUCGCUUGCUGCUGAGGGCACUUUGGAGCAAUAGCAGGUCGCUGAAGUAACUCCGGCACGCUGCUGACUGCGGAGUUGUAAAGAACUACGUGCAAGUGGCUGCAGUAGUGCUGGAGAACGCUUUGCUGUUACCAGGGACACAAUAGUUUUCAAGUCAUUAGAGCCUCGCUUCUGGUCCUCUCCUUCCAUUACACAGAGAGGGUCAUUCUUGGGAGGGAUGAGAAUGGAGCUGUGAUUUCUUCCAGUGGCGCUCUGGUGGAGGGGGCAAGGGUGGGGAAAGAGGCUUCAGAAGCAAAACCCCACAGCUGCUACGUUCAGAUUCACUUGAAUUUCCCCACAUUUUUUCAGGCGUAGGGAGACACAAUGCUAGAGAACUUGAAUCUUCUUCGGGCUUUUUGGGGUCUUCUCUUUAUCUUCUGGACUGCUUUUAACACAGCCUUAGUGGAUGUGGUUGGAUCGGAGCAGCAGAUCCCCUUGUCUGUUGUAAAGCUCUGGGCCUCAGCAUUUGGUGGGGAGAUCAAAUCUAUUGCAGCCAAGUACUCAGGUUCCCAGCUCCUGCAGAAGAAAUACAAAGAAUAUGAGAAGGAUGUUGCAAUAGAAGAAAUUGAUGGCCUUCAGCUUGUGAAAAAGUUAGCAAAGAACAUGGAAGAAAUGUUUCACAAAAAAUCUGAAGCUGUACGGCGUCUUGUUGAAGCUGCAGAAGAUGCUUACCUGAAACAUGAGUUUGAUGCUGAUUUGCAGUAUGAAUACUUCAAUGCUGUGCUCAUAAAUGAACGAGAUGAAGAAGGAAACUAUCUGGAGCUGGGAAAGGAGUUCAUCUUGGUGCCAAACGACCACUUCAAUAACUUACCUGUGAAUAUCAGUCUGAGUGAUGUCCAAGUACCAACAAAUAUGUACAAUAAAGAUCCAGCCAUUGUAAAUGGAGUUUAUUGGUCAGAAUCCUUAAAUAAGGUGUUUGUUGAUAACUUUGAUCGUGACCCUUCUCUCAUCUGGCAGUACUUUGGAAGUGCAAAAGGAUUUUUCAGACAAUAUCCAGGUAUUAAAUGGGAACCUGAUGAGAAUGGAGUCAUUGCAUUUGACUGCAGAAAUAGAAAGUGGUACAUCCAAGCAGCUACUUCUCCAAAAGAUGUGGUAAUUUUAGUAGAUGUCAGUGGCAGUAUGAAAGGGCUUCGACUGACCAUCGCUAAACAGACAGUUUCAUCUAUUUUGGAUACCCUUGGUGAUGAUGACUUCUUCAAUAUAAUUGCUUAUAAUGAAGAACUUCACUAUGUUGAACCGUGUCUGAAUGGAACAUUAGUUCAAGCAGACAGAGCAAACAAAGAGCAUUUCAGGGAACACCUUGACAAGCUUUUUGCAAAAGGAAUAGGAAUGCUGGACAUUGCUUUAAAUGAAGCUUUCAACACGCUCAAUGAAUUCAACCACACAGGACAAGGAAGUAUUUGCAGCCAAGCCAUAAUGUUGAUUACUGAUGGAGCUGUGGACACAUAUGAUACCAUUUUUGCGAAAUAUAAUUGGCCAGACAGAAAAGUUCGUAUUUUUACCUAUCUGAUCGGAAGAGAAGCUGCUUUUGCUGAUAACCUGAAGUGGAUGGCCUGUGCUAACAAAGGCUUUUUUACUCAGAUUUCUACCUUAGCUGAUGUUCAAGAGAAUGUCAUGGAAUACCUCCACGUUCUUAGCCGACCAAAGGUUAUUGACCAAGAGCAUGAUGUAGUAUGGACUGAAGCAUAUAUUGACAGCACUCUCCCUCAGGCUCAAAAGCUUGCUGAUGAUCAGGGAUUGGUGUUGAUGACGACUGUCGCCAUGCCGGUAUUUAGUAAGCAAAAUGAAACUAGAUCCAAAGGGAUUCUCCUGGGAGUAGUUGGCACAGAUGUCCCAGUUAAAGAGCUUUUAAAAACUAUUCCAAAAUACAAGUUAGGCAUUCAUGGAUACGCUUUUGCAAUUACAAACAAUGGAUAUAUUUUGACUCAUCCAGAACUUAGGCCUUUGUAUGAAGAAGGGAAGAAACGAAGAAAGCCCAACUAUAGUAGUGUGGAUCUUUCUGAGGUUGAGUGGGAAGACAGAGAUGAUGUGCUCCGAAAUGCAAUGGUGAAUCGGAAAACAGGGAAGUUCUCCAUGGAAGUCAAAAAGACAGUGGACAAAGGGAAACGGGUAUUGGUGAUGACAAAUGACUACUAUUAUACAGACAUCAAGGGUACUCCAUUCAGUUUAGGUGUGGCUCUCUCUAGAGGACAUGGAAAAUACUUCUUCAGAGGGAAUGUAACUGUAGAAGAAGGUUUACAUGAUUUAGAACACCCUGAUGUAUCUUUAGCAGAUGAAUGGUCCUAUUGCAACACUGACUUGCAUCCUGAACACCGUCAAAUGACUCAGUUAGAAGCGAUUAAAAGAUACCUCACAGGAAAAGAGCCAUUGCUCCAAUGUGACAAAGAAUUGAUCCAGGAAGUUCUGUUUGAUGCAGUGGUGAGUGCACCAAUUGAAGCUUAUUGGACCAGUCUAGCAUUAAAUAAAUCGGAAAAUUCUGACAAGGGAGUGGAAGUUGCCUUCCUUGGAACACGGACUGGACUAUCUCGUAUCAACCUGUUUGUGGGUCCAGAACAGCUUACUAAUCAAGAUUUCCUGACAGCUGAAGACAAGGAGAACAUUUUUAAUGCUGAUCAUUUUCCACUCUGGUACAGAAGAGCUGCUGAGCAAAUACCUGGGAGCUUUGUCUAUUCAAUCCCAUUUAGUACAGAAACAGCAAACAAAAGCAAUGUAGUGACAGCCAGUACAGCUAUUCAACUUUUGGAUGACAGAAAAUCCCCAGUCGUUGCAGCUGUGGGUAUCCAGAUGAAACUUGAUUUUUUCCAGCGGAAAUUCUGGACUGCGAGCAGACAGUGUGCAUCUCUUGAUGGCAGAUGUGCUAUAAGUUGUGAUGAUGAAUCUAUCAGUUGCUACCUAAUAGAUAACAAUGGAUUUAUUUUAGUGUCUGAAGACUAUAGGCAGACUGGUAACUUUUUUGGGGAGGUUGAAGGUGCUGUGAUGAACAAAUUACUAACAAUGGGCUCCUUUAAGAGAUCUGUGUGCGCGGAUCUGGCUGUGGGCGUGAUUCUGCCAAAGAUGGUCAGUGUUCAACUUACACCCAUGUUUAGGUCUCUAGUUAUGCGUUUGUCUACCAUGUGCCUCUCUCUGCCAGUCCACAAAACAAUGGCUUCCUAGCCAUUUCUGCUCUGAAUAUAGGAAUGAAUAAUGUAAGCAGUGUGACCAUGUACUAAUGCUUAGUUGAAGCUGCGUGAUCCAAUAUAUUUAGAUUUUUUGCCUGUAAUCCAAAAAGAAAAUACAGGGCAUAACAAAGAAGCUUUUAGUGAUGGUUGCUGUCACAAAAUUAGGUCUGAAAAAUUAUAUACAGUUUCUACCACAAUGGAUUAAAACAUUCUAUUGGUACAGGUUGCAAUGUUUCAUGGCAUACAGUGCAGAAUGCCUUAUGGUGAUGCAUUUCAUGACCUGGUUUUGGCAGCUUCUGAGACAUCCUUUCUGUGGCUGAAUUUGUGUCUUCAUUUAGAAGCAAGGCACACAUUGCAAGAUGUUGAAGUCCCAUCUCAUACAUCUUUAAGACAUCUAUGUCCAGUCAUGAUCCCUUGUCCCUCUGAUGAUGCAAAAGUCAAAUCAAUAUGUUCAAAUAAAGCUAGUAACAUUUAUAUAUUUACACUUGUUGAAACUUAUCAGCCUAUUCUUUACAUCUGCUACAGAUGUUAAAUGCUUUUUAUGUGGAUGGAUGUAGUCUGUUAAUUUUUCUAUGGACAGACAGAUCUAGAGAAAUAAUCACAAUUCCAUACACUAUCUCUGAGUUCUGGAUUUUACAUUUAGAUCUCUGAAGUGUGUCAAUGAUAAGUAAAAUCACAAGCAGAAAGAAAAUUCCUGUUUACUAUGCAUCUCAGGAGGCUUCUAGAAUAUGUUGAUUUCAGCAGGUACCUGGCAUGGACUAUUUUGCCCUCAUGAAAAAAUCCAGAAGUAAAUCUAUGCUGUUUCAAUUGUGUAUACUAUGAAUACACAGAAAUUCCACUUCUCUCUUCUGAAGCAAUGCCAUAUUUUUACAAAUUAGUUAUGCACUGAGGUGCUCGUAACUACAGAAGUGUAAUUUGCUUUUACUGGAGUUUGAGUGGACUGUUGUGAGAAGCCCCUCAAAUGCAUAGGUUCUUUCAUUUUCUGGGACUAAAUGUACCAGUUUCAGUCCAGAACCAAUUGUUUAAACAUCAUGUUGAAUGUGUAUUCUCCUCCUUCUUGCAUUGUUUAUCUCAUUGUGUGUUACACUAUGUGUAUCUUCCCUGUUUUCUCCCAGUUAUGCUUUUGCUUUGUUCUGCAGUCUGAUAAAAUCCUUAAAAAGUUUUCACACUGUUUCUUACCUUUAUUCUCCUUCAUGUGAUGUGUAUUUUAACAAUCCCUUUCCCUCUUUUCCUUGCUGCAGUUACUUUUUUUUUCCCGUCUACUUUGUGAGCAGACUGUUCCAUAUCAUCAUGUUUACUCCACUGUGUUUUCUCCUUUUAGUCAAGGAGUUUU